CUCACAUCACUACACUAUAUUUACGCUACAGCAAAGGGGCGAAAAAAUCCAUAUUUCUAUUGAUCUUUAUGUAUUUGGAUCGGUUUUGAAUUGGUUAAAAAGUAAAUUUGGAGUCAAGAGUAGUGCUUGUGCAUCGUUAUUUGGACUUAAAAUGUUUGUUUACAUAGUGGAACCGUGAAAUUCCGUGUUAUCAUUCAAAGACUGGUCGUGGUUCAUAAUGUAUAAUGUUCAGCAGCCCGUGUCGCUUGUCGUCAAAUGGUAUAAAGCACUCGGCCUGUACAGUCCUCCGACCGAUGUGGUAUAUUUAGUGCCGGGACAGUGCUAGCGGACAUUCGAAAAAAUCUACCCGCAUGUUUAUCGUUUAGCAUAUACCUUCGUGAUAGAAAUAUAGGACAGUUUGAAUUGAUCGGUUCUACGUUGAGGACACUGCGUGAAAAUGUCUGACUUUAUACCGAGCUAUGGGGUUCGGUUACUGCAACAGUGCGCGUAUACAUCUAAGGAUCAGAGGCAGUGGAGGUCACCAGUCCUGGUGCCCCCCCUGGAAUCGACACAUGCCGACAGAUUUGUGCCGUGCCGUAACGGAAACAAUUGGCAAACAAAUUAUCAAGCUGCCAGCAGAUGCACAGAAAAUCAGCCAGCCAAAAAAGCGCGCAGUGAGGGAGGCAGCGACAAUGCGAGUGGCGGCCGUGAUCAGGUCGCGUACAACUGCCUCCUGCAGAAUGAACUCCUCGGCGCGCAGAACGAGGAGGUGCGAAGUCCGUCGGCCACGUGCGCAGACGGCAACAAAGGUGGUCUCGGCUCCGCUGCGGCGAUCACGAGGUCCCCACAUCCUUACCAGCCAGUGUACAGAUACAAGGCGCGUUCGUGCAGAGCUGAGGAGAACAUAGAUCCAUCACCGUACAGUCUGUCUCCGAUAUCCGCUAAAUCCGAGAAACUCUUGCGGUCACCCCGCAAGGCCACGCGGAAGAUAUCUCGGAUCCCGUUCAAGGUGCUCGAUGCGCCGGAGUUGCAGGACGACUUCUAUCUGAACCUGGUCGACUGGUCGGCCCAGAACGUGCUCAGCGUCGGUCUGGGCAGCUGUGUUUAUCUGUGGAGCGCAUGCACUAGCCAGGUGACGAGGCUAUGCGACCUGUCGUCGGAGGGUAACGCGGUGACGUCGGUGGCGUGGAGCGAGCGCGGCCACCUCGUGGCGGUGGGCACGCAGAAGGGACACAUCAGCGUCUGGGACGUUGCUAGCAAUAAAGAGGUAUCGAAGCUGCAGGGUCACAUAGCGCGCGUGGGCGCCCUCGCGUGGAACGGCGACAUCCUCAGCUCCGGCUCCAGGGACCGGCACAUCCGGCAACGGGACACCAGAGCGUCGCCGUCGCAAUCGGCCCGCGUGCUGCAGGGUCACCGGCAAGAGGUGUGCGGCUUGAAGUGGUCGCCCGACGGUCAGUCGCUCGCGUCCGGCGGUAACGACAACAAGCUGUUCGUGUGGUCGAUGCACUCGACGUCCCCGGUGCAGACGUACUCGUCGCACGUGGCGGCGGUGAAGGCGAUCGCGUGGUCGCCGCACCAGCACGGCCUGCUCGCCUCGGGCGGCGGCACCGCCGACCGCUGCAUACGCUUCUGGAACACGCUCACCUCGCAGCCCAUGACAUACGUCGACACAGGUUCGCAAGUGUGCAACUUGGCGUGGUCCAAACACUCGAGCGAGUUGGUCUCAACGCACGGCUAUUCCCAGAAUCAGAUCUUAGUGUGGAAAUAUCCUUCGCUGACUCAGGUGGCGAAGCUAACCGGCCAUUCGUACAGAGUGCUGUACUUGGCUUUGUCGCCCGACGGCGAGGCGAUAGUGACCGGCGCGGGCGACGAGACGCUGCGGUUUUGGAACGUCUUCUCCAAGACUCCCUCGCACAAGGAGAACAAGAGCGUGCUCAACCUCUACACCGCGCUCAGAUAAACAAGUGCACAGUGAAUACAGAGUGUGCGAACUGUACCGCGAACAUUAAGUGUGCUGACUGUACCGCGAACAUUAAGUGUGCUAACUGCAAUGUACAUAAUGAAUAUUGGUCGAUAUCGAAAGUCUUGUUGAUUGGUGAAAAGUGCCACGUAAAUUGGUCGGUUUAUAGUGAAUGUGAAAUUUGUAUUAUACCGGGAAAAUUUAGCGUUUUUUGCUAUAAGGCUUAUUCUGGAUAUGCGUAAUGUCCGCUCUUUAAGCUUAUGCUUAUCGAUGUUUUCGAAUCGAUUAAACGAGAUUUUCGAUUUCGAUCGUGUCGAUGAUUAACUUUCGAGUGUUAUUGAGUAGUUAUUUAUUGUAUUUCUCUGAGAUAUUUAAGAAGAGAGUUAAAAGAUAUUACGCUUAACGUGUCGUCAACGUAUGCUGGAACCGAACGAAGACUAACUUGAGAAAUAUCAGACGUAUAGUGGACGUAUUGUGUGUAAUAUUUUAAGUUGUGGAAGUUUUGGUGAUAUAUUUUGAAAUGUAUAAUGAUUUGCAGAAUUAUGCCAAAUUAGCGCGUGCUUUCUGUGAGUCUAAUAUCUUAUACAGGUGUUAAUGUGUAAUGUUCAGAAUUGUACCCAAAUAUGGGAUAUAAUAACCAAGAAAAAACAAUAAUCCACCAUAAAUUAAUUGAAACAUUUGAUUGUGGUUAUGUAAAGAAAAAAAAUUCAAAUGUUUUAUAAAAAAAAAUCGUAAAAAUAGGUUUUUUUUAACAAAAAUAUCCUACCAAAAUAUAUCACCAAGAUCCAUUUGAAAUCGUGUUUUUUUCUAUAAUAUACACUUGUUUGUGUAUUCAUUAUACAUAAUGACGUUUAUAUUGUAUUUAGAACACUUUUAUUAAAUUAUCCUGUGUAUAUAGUUUGUUUAAGGAGCCUAAAGUAAAAGAGAAGUAUCGAACACAUUUGAUAUUUCUUUUUUACGGGCCCUGAUAUAAAUUUUAUUUUUUGUUGUUGAAGUUGACUGCGUGCUUAGAGAUUCUCGUCAAAAAGAAAUUAAAAAGAAAACUGAAUUUUAUGUCGUAAGUAUUAAGGUUACAUUUAGUUUCUGAUCUUAUUGUCUAUGCCAACUGUAAUAACUUCUCAGCUGGUGCCUGGUCUUACAACUGGAUAAGUCAGAGGCCUGGUUUUAUUAAAAAAAAACAACCACCCAUGUUGCUAACAUUUUAAUUUAUUUUUAAUUUUGUACACUUAAUUUAAAAGCGUAUAAGAUAUAAAUAUAUCAUAAGGAGAAUUUCUUGAGCACGCAGUAAUAGUUUUUCUACAGUCACAUUGUUGUGAAUUAUACAAUUUUUGACUGAAAUUGAUUUUAGACAAGUUGUUGAUUUUAUAAUUGAUCCCAUCUAAAACAUUUCGGUUGCCGAAUGGUUGUGUGAUAUUAUGACUAAUGUAAUAUUUUUUUUUCUAUGUUUCAGCAAUUGUUUUCGGGGUGUAAAAAUCAUGGGUGUAUAUAUGUAGCUGAGUUCCAGAGUUAGACGAACUAUUAGCAAUGAACUGAGGUAUAAUCGAUUGCCAAAAUUAGAGUUGCUUCGACUAAUCGAAUAAUUUGAAUGUGGCUCAAACCAUGUAUUAUCAAAGAAAUGUCUUGCCACCGAAUAGAUACUGUAAUGUUUAAAAUUUUCGCUUGAAAUUCUAAGUGUAAUAUGUGUAAUUAGAACUAAUUUAGUGAUGAGGAAAAUUGAUUGGAGACGCCUCGACAUGACUAUUAUCACGUGUAUCGAUUAUAAUUUAUCGAUCGAUUGUAUCGAUAACAUUGUAAUGAAUCAUAUCGAUUUUUCAAAGAUGCCAAUCCUGAAAUAUUUGAACAUAAAUUAUUAAAAGUAACUUAUUUAUUUUGUGAUUAAUAUUUAUUCAAAGCGUGAAUGGUAUCCCAAAUAAUCUUAUGAGUUAAUUAUUUUUGGAGGUUUGGUUGUAUAAGAAGUUCUAGUAUUCUUUUUUAUUAAACACCUUAUUGAUCUUUUUAUUUACAUUGUUUUGUCUAACUUUCUUAAGGCUUAUAAGGCGGCUAAGAUAGGAUUGGAUAAAACAUUUCAAACAAACAAAAUUAGAUGCUGUCUAUGAAUUUAGAAAUAAUAAUAAUUUUGUUCUUAACGCUCGAGGCGUCUCCAUUCAUUCUGGAUGUAUUAAAUAGUGUAUUUUGUGCAAUGAAUAUUAUGUACGAGUUUAGAUUUAAAUUUUAGCAAAUAUGUUAUCUGUGUGACGUAAGUCUAACAAAUAGUGUCGCUGUAGAGGGCAAACUAUAACUAUUAUGAGUAAAGGAUUGUCUACAAAGAUGCGUUUAGGGCGCUUCCACACUGCGGUUACAGUGACAGGUUUCUAAAAAGUUACCUUGUAAUUGCGGUAUGGUAGCACCUUUAUUUCUCUCGAAUGUUGUAGAUUUGUUGACGGAGUAUUGCGUAAUCUGUGCCCGAGUGGAUACCGACUACAACAUCAAACAGGCCGGCAUAAUUCGGGCUACCGUCGAGAAAUAUCAGUCGUUCAUGGACUAUAUGGCACCGACAAUCUGAUUAAAUUUAAAUAUACAACAUUCAAGCGGAAAUGAUCAAGUCCUAUUAUUCAAUUUCUCUAUUUUCCUGGACAAACGGUCUGCAGUAGACGAUUCACGAAGUAAUCGUACCAAAAAUAUGUCAAAUUAUUGGUAAAUAUAUUUUGUUUGGAUAAAUUUGUGUUUAUUGUCUGGUUUUGUUUGAUUGUAACAAUAGAGGGACUUAUUUUGUGCAAAUUGUAAACGCGACCACGAACAGGGCGAUUGUUUGUAAUAACGCGCCUUCUGCGAAUGGAAGCGUCCCAUAGAUAUCUUUGUACCAUAGAUUAUACAUUUUUCGCCAAUGAAUAAUAUGCGAUCUUAGGUGUGGUUACAAAAUUCUGCCAGAUAACAAAAUAACUCAGUCGAAAACAACACGGUUUUACUCACGUUUUAAAAGUAGUCGGAAUCGCCGACCAGUUUCGACCUAUUAAGUAGGUCGUAUUUUAAACGUAGUAAAACCGUGUUGUUUUCUACUAAUUUAAUACGUCUUGCGUAAGUUUUAAUAAUAUUAACAAAAUAACUGGCAAUUAUCAUGUCAAAAAAAAAUUACAUACUUUUUGUAGACACAUCAAAAUUACGUUAUCUGCAUAAAUUGUUGGCCAUUUAUAAGUGAAAUUGAUUGCGUCAAUAUAAGCACUAACGACGUUAUAAUACUAAUAAAUAUGAUCUCAGAAAAGUUUAUAUUAGAAUUUAAUUAAAUUAAGUCAUUGAAAUUAAACUAGUUUUGCUAAUUUGAUCGCAGUUUUUAAUUAUAUUUCACUCCAGAUGUGUUAUUCGUCACGGGGCGGAACAUUUGCUGGAAGUCCUUCGAAACGUCAUGAGUAGAAUAAAUCCGCGAUAAAAUAUGUAAAACUGGUUUCAAUUAAGACAAUCAUACCAUUCACCAAAUAAUACCGACAGAAAUUCACAUUAUUAAUUUAUAUAUGUUUUUUUGUAAACGGACCAACAAUUCUUAUGUUCCUUUAUCUCCUUUCUUGUAUCUUAGCUAUUUUUCUUUUUAUUUUUUUUUUGUAUAAAUUUUUCUAACCGUAGGUCCUUUUGGUGUUAAAAAUAUGAUUUAUUUAUGUAAAUAGAUUUGAGAGUUUAAUAUAUGCACAAGUUAGGAUAACUCGACUAUUAUUUUUAUAUGUAUUUGUAAACGUUCUUUUCGUUAGAUAUGCCUUUUUGGAAACUUAAGUGUGGCGCAAAUCUUGCUUGAAUAUUAAAAAUUGCAUUGUGUGAGGCCACGGUUGCAGCACGCUUAUAGUAUGCGAUCUUAUAAAUACGUAGUUUGGAUUAAAAAAUACAUCCUAAUUGGUAUGUAGUUGAAACUUAUACAAAAAUGAUCCAAUAGUAGUCCUUUCAUAUCCUAAAACUAGAUGCUGAAUCUCCUCAAAAGUUGUGUUAUUCAUGCGAUCAUGCUAUGAAGUUAACAUCUGAUUUGUAAUUGUUCGCAUACUGUACGCCUAAUGUGGCCGCGGCAUAAAAAACAUGUUUCAUAGUAACAAUAACUAAAAAUCCUUAAAAAUGUACUAAAACAAUAAUAAUUGCAAUGAUUGCGGGCAUAACUAACGAUUUAAGUCAAUAUCGAUAUAGUGUCAUAUGUUAGAAAUAAAGUGUUUGUGUGGUACA